AAGGGCUACACCAACAUAUUUUUUUUGUAUUAUGUAGUGGGUUUACGAUCAUCGUCUAGAUAGAUAUAUUGGAUAUCUCAAGAUCAACUAUGCCUAAGUGUCUGCUAACAAUACAUCGCUCAAGUUUGUUACGAUAUAUACAGCACGGAUCAGAUUUUCAAGUGAUCUUCUACUUCCGCUUCAGCUUUAGCUUUGGCUGCAGCUUUAGAAUUCUUUUCCUUUGCUCGGCGUUUGGCUCCAAGUUCCUCAAUCCUCUUCAUCCCAGUUUUGAACAUCAUCUAAAAGCUCAGUCUGAAACCAUCCAAGAGCUGACAACGGAAAAUGCUUUGCAGCGUUGGGAAUAUAAUACCACACAUACAAGCAUAAGCUCAGAGCAAGUCUGCAAAGACCGCCAGUUUCAGGGACCGCCAGUAGCCGCAAAAGGUAAAGACCGCCAGUUUCAGAGGAUUCUGAUGCACGGAUAUAGUAAUAUUGACGAGUAAACGUUUGAUGUUUUUAUUUCUUAUAAGGAAUCAUAUUAUAACUCGAAGCAUUUUUAUGUCAUGUACUCAUGUUCCUUGUCACUGAAGCACCAUCGUUUUGAAUCAUACUUGGGAUCUGAACGCUAAAUUUCGUGAAUUCAUAUACGUUCCUCUUGUGUUGAUGUAAAUCUGUCUUUGAGAGAUUGAUGUUUGAGAAUAAUUAAAAUAAUUUCAUGAAUAUUUACUAUUUAGUGCUUUUG